CUGGGGAUUCUGGGCGGGUGGCGGAGUCACUGUCGUUUCAGCUGGGCGGCGGAGCAGACGGACGCGCCUGGUGCCCCGGGGAGGGGCGCCACCAGGGUAAGAGGAGGAGGAGGAGGUGGAGAGGAAGAGACGCCCUCCCUGCCCGAGACCUCUCGAGACUCUGACCCCAGAGGCUAGGGGACUGACAGUUCCUUUACCUGGGCUGCCUGAAGAGCCCACGACCCUGGAGGGCCCUGAGCCCACGGCACCAGGGGCCCCAGCACCACCCCAGUGGCCUAAAGCGACAGUCUCAGGGACCACUGCAAGGUUUCCAGUUGCCUAGACAACGAACCCAGGGUCAGAGCAACAACCCUUCCAGCCACCUGUCUGAACUGCUGCCUCAGGCACCAGUCCCAGCCCCGUGCAUCCAGCCCAGGUGACAUGCCGGUGCUCUCCAUCCCCCGGCCCUCGAGGGUGACCACGCUGAAGCGCACAGCUGUGCUACUGGCCCUCACGGCCUAUGGAGCCCACAAAAUCUACCCCCUGGUGCGGCAGUGCCUGGUUCCGGCCAGGGGCCCUCAGGUGCCAGCAGGGGAGUCCACACAAGAGACCUCCGGGGCCACAACAGCCGCAGCAGCCAAGGCCGGCGUGAACCGGGUGUUCUUGCAGCGACUCUUGUGGCUCCUGCGGCUACUCUUCCCCAGGAUCCUGUGCCGUGAGACGGGGCUGCUGGCACUGCACUCAGCCACUCUGGUGAGCCGGACUUUCCUGUCAGUAUAUGUGGCCCGCCUGGAUGGACGGCUGGCCCGCUGUAUCGUGCGCAAGGACCCGCGGGCCUUUGGCUGGCAGCUCUUACAGUGGCUUCUCAUCGCCCUCCCUGCCACCUUCAUCAACAGUGCCAUCCGCUACCUGGAGGGCCAGCUGGCCCUGUCUUUUCGCAGCCGUCUAGUGGCCCACGCCUACAGCCUCUACUUCUCCCAGCAGACCUACUACCGAGUCAGCAACAUGGACGGGCGGCUUCGCAACCCUGACCAGUCCCUGACGGAGGAUGUGGUGGCCUUUGCUGCCUCUGUGGCCCACCUCUACUCCAACCUGACCAAGCCGCUCCUGGAUGUGGCUGUGACCGCCUACACCCUGCUUCGAGCAGCCCGCUCCCGCGGGGCCGGCACAGCCUGGCCCUCGGCCAUUGCUGGCCUCGUGGUGUUCCUCACAGCCAACGUGCUGCGAGCCUUCUCACCCAAAUUUGGGGAGCUGGUGGCAGAGGAGGCACGGCGGAAAGGGGAGCUGCGCUACAUGCACUCUCGCGUGGUGGCCAACUCAGAGGAGAUAGCCUUCUAUGGGGGCCACGAGGUGGAGCUGGCCCUGCUGCAGCACUCCUACCAGGACCUGGCUUCACAGAUCAACCUCAUCCUUCUGGAACGCCUGUGGUACGUCAUGCUGGAGCAGUUCCUUAUGAAGUAUGUGUGGAGUGCCUCAGGCCUGCUCAUGGUGGCCGUCCCCAUAAUCACCGCCACUGGCUACUCAGAGUCAGCCUCAGAGGCCAUGAAGAAGGCAGCCUCAGAGCUGAGGGAGGAGGAACUGGUGAGCGAGCGCACAGAAGCCUUCACCAUUGCCCGCAACCUCCUCACAGCUGCUGCUGAUGCCAUUGAGAGGAUCAUGUCGUCCUACAAGGAGGUGACAGAGCUAGCUGGCUACACGGCCCGGGUACAUGAGAUGUUCCAGGUAUUUGAUGAUGUCCAGCACUGCCGUUUCAAGAGGCCCGGGGAGCCCGAGGACACUCAGGUGGGGGCCGGGGCCGUGGUGAAGCCUGGUGUCCGUGUGGAGGGGCCCCUGCAGAUCCGAGGCCAAGUGGUGGAUGUGGAGCAGGGAAUUAUUUGUGAGAACAUCCCCAUCAUCACGCCCACAGGAGAGGUGGUGGUGGCCAGCCUCAACAUCAGGGUAGAAGAGGGCAUGCACUUGCUCAUCACGGGGCCCAACGGCUGCGGCAAGAGUUCUCUGUUCCGGAUCCUUGGCGGGCUCUGGCCCACGUACGGUGGUGUACUCUACAAGCCCCUGCCACAGCGCAUGUUCUACAUUCCUCAGAGGCCCUACAUGUCCGUGGGCUCCUUGCGCGACCAGGUGAUCUACCCAGACUCGGUGGAGGACAUGCAAAGGAAGGGCUAUUCAGAGCAGCACCUGGAAGCCAUUCUGGACAUCGUGCACCUGAACCACAUCCUGCAGCGGGAAGGAGGUUGGGAGGCCGUGUGUGACUGGAAGGACGUUCUGUCAGGGGGUGAGAAGCAGAGAAUCGGCAUGGCCCGCAUGUUCUACCACAGGCCCAAGUAUGCCCUCCUGGAUGAAUGUACCAGCGCCGUGAGCAUUGACGUGGAAGGCAAGAUCUUCCAGGCAGCCAAGGACGCAGGCAUUGCCCUGCUUUCCAUCACCCACCGACCCUCCCUGUGGAAGUACCACACACACUUGCUGCAGUUCGAUGGGGAGGGCGGCUGGAAGUUCGAGAAACUCGACUCGGCUGCCCGCCUGAGCCUGACUGAGGAGAAGCAGCGGCUUGAGCAGCAGCUGGCGGGCGUUCCCAAGAUGCAGCGGCGCCUCCAGGAGCUCUGCCAGAUCCUGGGCCAAGGCCUCCAGGGUGCCACCACCUGACAGAGGGCUGUGGCUCUUGGCUCUCAGCCCUUGCCCCUCCCCAAACCCUUGGGUCACAUGAAGGACACAGCAGCGCCUGCCCACUCACCCCCACACCCAGCAUGCCUUUCCCUCCUCCCCAGCCUCUUGGCCACCGGCCUGCCAUGCCGAGAGGACUGCCAGCAACUCAGUGUGUGCCCCUCCGUGCCCCUGCCUCUGGGCAAGUAGACAUGGAGGGUCCUACCCUGCUGCCUGCCCCACCCCUGCCUCCUUCCCUGCCCCACUGUAACUGUGACCUGGGCAGGGGGGCUGAGUCCUUUCUUUUCUCUGGGGAGGGGGAGAGGGGAGGAGGUGAGCCCCAGUCUGUGCAAGCCUCGGCAUUUGUGAGGUACCACCCUCCUGAGACUGCAGUCCCUCUUUAUUCCCUCCUCUCCAGUCCCUCGGAGACCUCAUGGUCCAUCCCUCUAUUGCCACCACCCAAGUGGCCCGCUGAGGCUCUUGUCCCACGGGACACCCUUCCUGCCAUAGAGACCGCCAAAUGGGACCCACGGCCAGACAGGGCCCAUCGUCUGCACCCCUCCUCCCUGCCAGGAGAAAAACUUGCACAGCGCUUCCCAGCGAAUGAUGAUAAGAAUGUUGUCCCUGUCCCUCUCGGUCCCUAGCCUUCUCUCCUUCUACAAGCUAAUUUAUUGGAUUCCUGUUAGUACUCAUCUGGAUUCCCAACUUGAGCACCUGCCAGCAGGGGAGGCGGCCCGAGGCACGGUCCUUCCAUGAGUGGCCCAGCCUCUCAAGCAGCCCUCAGCCGGCCGUCACCCCACCAGCCUACACUGCCAGCCACCACGGGGGGUGGGGGUUGGGCAGGCCAGCCGAAGGGGGAGAUGGACGCUGGGGCUCCAGGCAUGAGGGCACCAAUGUUCCCAGCUCAGUGCCAAAGAGGGGUCAGCAGGGGGAGCUAUCUCUGCAAAGCCAGCCCACACGGAAGAGGGAGACCCCGCCGCCGCAGUGUGCCUUUCCAGGCCUCAGCCCUCAGGUCAGGGAGCCUCCCUCAGUCCCUCACUAAAAACCUCCAUGGAAAGCGCUGUCCUGCCUCGUGGCCUCUUUGUCUGGCGGGGCUUGGGGGAGAGACGGGGAGGGGCAGCAGGUUGCCUGGGAAAGAAGGAAUAACCUCAGCCCUGCCCCCCACCCAAAGUUGUGGCUCCACACAUUCUCUGGCUGACGUGGCGGUGGGGAGGUAGACGCAGCAACAGCAUCACACAAAAUUAUUGGCUGAGCCCAACUAGGACUCUGCUCCAAGCCUGGGCUUGGUGCUGGGGUGAGGAGGAGGGGACCAAUGCCUGCUGCCUGCAUGAGGAGCUUAGAGAGAGAGAUUGUGGGAAAAACAGUGAGCUGCAAGGUGGGCUGGUGGGGGGGACAUGGAGGAGGAAGAAUCCUGGCCUGCAAGAAGCAGUGGGGAGGAAGUGGUUCUAGACCUGGGAGGAAGGAACGCUUGUGCAAAGGCCCAGGGGUGAAUCAAGAGCAAGAUGCAGGAUUUUGAUGCUGAGUGCAGGG